CGAAGAGGCGGGUCUCUCACUGAGUGACUCCCUCCCCUCCAGCCCGGCUGCCCCCGGCCAGCGAUUGGUGGCUCAGACGUCAGCUGCCGGCGGAAUCCCACCCCCGGCCGCCCCCUCCCUCCGUGCCAGCGUCUGCCCGCUCCCGUCAAUGCCACAGUGAGAGCGCAGGGAGGUGCGCGCCGAGUCGGGGGAUGUGACAGCGCGCCGGGACGGGACGGGACGGGACGGGACAGGUAGAGCCGGGAGAGGCAGCGACCCCCGCCCACUCCAGCCCAGCGCGGCCCCGGCCCCCGGCCGGCACAGGUUUCUCGGCGGCCCCCGACCCCCCAACAGCUGCCAAGACGCCGCGAGCGGUGCUGCGGGUGAAGAAUGCGCCCCCGAGAGUGGCGAAGGCGCCCGCCGCCCCCGACCUGGCGCCCGGAGACCUCAACAUCCAAAGGUCCCAGAGCCGUAUCAGCCUGUCCGCCUCGUUCGAGGCGCUCGCCAUCUACUUCCCCUGCAUGAACUCGUUCGACGAGGACGACGCCGAUGGAGAUGGUCGAAAGCUACGAGGCGCAAUUCAACGCAGCACAGAGACGGGGCUAGCUGUUGAGAUGCCGAGGAGAACCAUGCGUCAAGCCAGCCACGAGUCCAUCGAGGAAAGCAUGAACAGCUAUGGAUCGGAGGGAAACUUGAACUACAGUGGAGUCUGCCUGGCGUCUGAUGGACAGUUUCGAGACUUCCUGGAUGGAAUGGGUCCAGCCCAGUUUGUGGGACGUCAAACCCUGGCCACUCCAUCGAUGGGUGACGUUGAAAUAGGAAUUCUGGAACGGGAUGGGCAGCUUGAGGUGGAGGUGAUUCAAGCCCGUGGGCUCACCCCGAAACCAGGGACCAAGACUCUGCCAGCUGCUUAUAUUAAACUCUACCUUCUGGAGAAUGGGGUUUGCAUUGCAAAAAAGAAAACCAAGAGCGCACACAAGUCUCUGGACCCCCUGUACCAUCAGAUCCUGGUCUUCAACGAGAGCCCACAGGGCAAGAUCUUGCAGGUGAUUGUGUGGGGCAAUUAUGGCAGGAUGGACCGCAAGUGCUUCAUGGGGGUGGCCCAGGUCUUGCUGGAGGAGUUGGAUCUCUCGAGCUCGGCCAUCGGUUGGUACAAGCUCUUCCCGACCUGCUCCAUGGUGGAACCGCCCCUGGCUCCGCUGCUCCGCAACGCCUCUCAGCUCUCCCUGGAGAGCACUGUCGGACCUUGCUGUGACCGAUCCUAACCACGGCGGAAUCCUUCCCAGCCUUUUUUGCCGAGCAAGCGGGCAGUCAGGGCUCCUCCCAGGCAGAGGGCUUGUCCUGCCACGCGGUGCAUGCUUGACUUGGUCGACUUCCUCGGAGCCUCUUUUGGUCAAAGGAUGACCCAGCGCCAGCUGUUGGUGGCACGGAGGGGGAGGAGGUCAUUUACGCCUUCUGCGCCUGGCACCGUCCCCGUGAGGACCAGUCGUAGUUGCAUUCUUUCACUCAAAGUUCGCCUCCAGUCAUGGUCCGUUUCUCCACACUUCCAGUACAUCAUCAUCUGCUCGGAACGACAAGCGGACUUCAUCAUCCCUUCGUUUGCAAUACCUUCUGAUGACAUCUGUAAAGGGAGACCUAUCAUUCUACCAACCAGUGUAUUUUCAAUAACCCACUGUUACCUGAAGAGUCCACUACAUUUGAAUGCAAGUAAUUUGCUGUGAUCACCUGUGUCAGAGGCCAGGUGACUUCCAAAGUCUAGAAGUUAAAUGUGAGCUCUGUCCACCAGGACAUACUAGAAAUCUUGCUGUGUUGGUAUCUACUGGGGUAAACAAUAAUUAGCUUUUUAGCUCCUGGAAAACCAAUGACUCCUGAGAGCUGGAAAAAAAAUGUGUCUAUUGGUAUCUUAUCGUCAUCAUUCCAUUGGUUUGAUGCUGGAUUUCAGUUAUCUCAGCAGCUAAUUCCACCAUGAACACUUGACACUUUGCUAUCAUUGGAGUUUACAUAAAUAAGUGAAUAAAAUGUAGUUUUCAGUAUUAGUUUAACCUAUUUCACAACUUAAUGCACUGGUUAAAAAACAGAAUGGCAAAGCAUUUUUUUGGCAAUAAUUGUCUUGAGAAAUGGGACGUGGUGUGUCCACCCUGCACAUUAGCAGAAGGUGGUCUCAGGGAUGGCGAUUGGUUUAAGGAUUAAGUACAGGAGUUUAUUGAAGGCAGAGAGUAGAAGGAGAAAAGUUGAGAGAGUUUGUACAAUACUGAAGUAGCACAAAGAUGUGUACUGAAUAUUUAAAAAAAGAGAUUGAAUUUCUCCAUAAUUAAAGCAAUUUGAAACUUUAAGGCAUUCUCUGUGUAUUAAGAGAGGAUGCAGUAGUUUAUAGAUUGUAGCAUGCAAGGGUAGUACAUUAGAUUAAGGCUAUUGGGUAGAGCAUAGACUAAGUGUGUUCAGAACUGUGCCAGUCUCGUCCUUGUGUGCAAAGAAUGCAAAUAAGGAACAACAUUGGCAGUUCAGGAAGGGAGGAAAGACUUGAAUCUAAUUGGUGAGGAAGUCUCAUUAAAAUCUCAAUUUGUGUUCCAAAUUAAAUCUUGCUUUGAAUUCUUCAGACUUUGAACAAAGGCCAUUUCCAAUCUCAAUCUUCAAAGUUUAUGUUUAAAUUAGAAUAUUCUUAAGAUUUUGCAUUGCAUUUAUUUGCUGUAAAUCUGGCUAUAAAAUUUAUCAAAUAAAUACUUGCUUUGGAUCAAUUUCUAAAUAUCCUGGCUUGAAAUGAGCCUUCAGAUGAAAUAAUUAUCCACAGUACAAUAAAAAAAUCCAAAUUAGUUUUGAAUAAUUAUGGCAUAGAUGAAUUUGACAAUGUCAGAAUUAACUAAAUCCUUCAAAGGGCAAAUAUUAUCAUAGGUUAUUCCUUCCAAGCCAAUCUUUCUAUUUAAGGAACAGUUCUGUUUCACAGGAGCCUACUUUAAGUAGUUAUAAUGCCUGUUAUUAAUUAAGAUUACCAUAUUGUUCUUAAAGAAUCCUCAGAUUAUUCUAGUUAACAAGUAUUCUUGCUCAGAAUUAUUUCGCAGCAACCCAGGGAAGGAAGUGGAUGGAUGUUACUGUUCGGAGAAGUGCUGGAAGGUAAGGCUGAGAGUUGACCCGCGUUUAGGGAUCAGAUCAUUAAAGCAGAGCAAGUUUUUGUACGUUGCUGUCACAAUAGAUAUAAAUAAUAAGUUAGAUUAACUUGGCGAAGAGUUAGCUGUCUGCAUGUUUGGGUGCGUGUUAGCCUUGUAGUGACUUUAAACAAAGCACAUUUCUUAAAGUUCUGACAUUUGUAGGUGUUUCAACGGCAUACCGGUUGGUAGAUACCAAAUAUGCCUCGUGUAGCAGGUUAGGAGAAGGUUGUAUUCAGUCCAGUAGGAAUUUUAUUCUCAGUAAAUGUUGAAAAUGUGAGAAAUGUUAUUUAUAAAGUAGGCAUAAUGUUGAGUUAAUAAGAACAGGAUUCAAAACUACCACACAACCACAGGCAGUUCUGUUUAUUAUAACUGAAACAAGGUUAAAUUGUAAAAUCUGAGAUUUUUCUUAGUUUUGUUCCUGAUUAAUAAAGCCUGCUAGUGGUUUAAUAUUAAAAAUCUAAGAAUAAUUUUGAACCUUCAAUUUUUAAUUUUAAAUGUUUGAAACUAUUGGAGUAGUGCAGUGUGAGGAGGUUCCCAGAAUGAGCCAGUGUUAUGCUGGAAUUCCAGUUGUUUUACUGGGAGCAGUACUGAACUAUAUGGUAAAUUUUCAUCACUACGUCUACCCUUCCAACCAUUUCCACCACGACAGGCACUAAACUGACUAAUUCAGCUUUACUUUCAAAGACGUUGCAUUCAACCUGGUCAGUGCCUGGCUAGGUUGUGUGACGGCAUUCUUCCAUUGUGGACUCAGUCUUCCAUUAGACAAUAGACAAUAGGAGCAGAAGUAGACCAUUCGGCCCUUCGAGUCUGCACCGCCAUUUUGAGAUCAUGGCUGAUCCUCAACAAUCGAUAUCCUGUUCCUGCCUUGUCCCCAUAUCCCUUGAUUCCCCUAUCUAUAAGAAACCUAUCUAGCUCCUUCUUGAAAGUGCCCAGAGAAUUGGCCUCCGCUGCCCUCUGAGGCAGUGCAUUCCACAAAUUCACAACCCUCUGGGAGAAGAAGUUUUUCCUCCCCUCUGUCCUAAAUGGCCUAGCCCUUAUUCUUAAAUCAUGCCCCCUGGUCCUGGACUUCCCCAACAUCUGGAACAUAUUUCCUGUCUCUAUCUUGUCCAAUCCCUUAAUAAUCCUGUAUGUUUCAAUCAGAUCCCCUCUCAAUCUUCUCAAUUCCAGCGUGUACAAUCCCAGUCUCUCCCACCUCUCAGCAUAAGACAGUGCCGACAUCCCCAGAAUUAACUUUGUAAACCUACGCUGCACGCCCUCUAUAGCCAGGAUAUCCUUCCUUAACCCUGGAGACCAAAACUGUACACAAUACUCCAGGAGUGGUCUCACCAGGGCCCUGUACAAAUGCAAAAGAAUCUCUUUGCUUUUGUACUCAAUUCCCCUUGUAAUACAGGCCAACAUUCCAUUAGCCUUCAUCACUGCCUGCUGCACUUGCUCAUUCACUUUCAGUGACUGAUGAACAAGGACUCCUAGAUCCCUUUGUAUUUCCCCCUUACCUAACUCCACACCAUUCAGAUAAUAAUCCGCCUUCCUGUUCCUGCUCCCAAAGUGGAGAACCUCACACUUAUCCACAUUAAACUUCAUCUGCCAACUAUCUGCCCACUUACCCAACCUAUCCAAAUCACUUUGAACUCUCCUAACUUCCUCUUCACAUGUCGCACUGCCACCCAACUUUGUAUCAUUAGCAAACUUGCUAAUGUUAUUCACAAUGCCUUCAUCUAAAUCAUCAACAUAGAUCGUAAACAGCUGUGGUCCCAACACUGAGCCCUGUGGCACCCCACUAGUCACGGCCUGCCAUUCUGAGAAACAUCCAUUCACCCCUACCCUUUGUUUCCUAUCCGCCAACCAGUUUUCUAUCCAUGUUAAUACCCGCCCCCAAUUCCAUGAGCCCUAAUUUUACCCACCAAUCUCCUGUGUGGCACUUUAUCAAAUGCCUUCUGAAAGUCAAGGUAUACAACAUCCACUGAAUCUCCCUCGUCUAUUUUCCUGGUUACACCCUCAAAGAACUCCAGUAGAUUAGUCAAGCAUGAUUUGCCCUUAGUAAAUCCAUGUUGACUCGACCCAAUCCUAUCAUUGCUAUCCAAAUAUGCCGUUAUUUCAUCCUUAAUAAUGGACUCUAGCAUCUUCCCCACCACAGAUGUUAGGCUAACUGGACGAUAGUUCCCCGUUUUCUCCCUCCCUCCUUUCUUAAAAAGUGGGAUAACAUUAGCCAUCCUCCAAUCCUCAGGAACUGACCCCGAAUCUAAGGAACAUCAGAAAAUGAUCACCAAUGCAUCCACAAUUUCUAGAGCCACCUCCUUUAGUACCCUGGGAUGCAGACCAUCUGGACCUGGGGAUUUGUCAGUCUUCAGCCCCAUUAGUCUACCCAUCACCCUUUCUUUCCUAAUGUCAAUCCACUUCAGUUCCUCUGUCACCCUCUGCCUUUUGUCCAUCCUUACCUCUGGGAGAUUUCUUACGUCUUCCCCCGUGAAGACAGAUCCAAAGUACUUAUUAAAUUCGACUGCCAUCUCCCUGUUUCCCGCAAUAAUUUCACCCGAUUCGGUCUUCAAGGGCCCAACAUUGUUCCUAACUAACUCCUUUCGCUUCACAUACCUAAAAAAGCUUUUGCUAUCCUCCUUAAUAGUCCUGGCUAGCUUGCCUUCGUACCUCAUUUUUUCUUCCCGAAUUACCUUUUUAGUUAAAUUCUGCUGCACCUUAAAGAUUUCCCAAUCUUCUAUCUUCCCACUCAGCUUGGCUCUGCCAUACUUCUUCCUUUUUAACACAAUGCUAUCUCUGACUUCCUUUGUCAGCCACGGUGGCCCCUUUCCCCUCUUUGAGUCUUUCCUUCUCUGGGGAAUAAACUGAUCCUGCACCUUGUGCAUUAUUCCCAAGAAUACCUGAGGUAUUCUCUGAGGUCAGUGGGCAGACUGAAAGCAGCAAGCGUUUAGCACCACUGAGUGUGAAGCAUCACCUGGUUGCAGUGCCAGAGAGGAAAAUCAAGCAGGGUAUGGUAUAACACACUGCUUGAUUCCCUCACACCUUGUGUUCUCUAAUUUACAUUCCACUCCAUUAACGUUUCGAACUCAAAGGUCCCUGUGGAGGUGAAUUCUCUGCUACCCCAUUCCAGACUUCUCCAUCUUUCUCCUUUCUCAUAUCAGCUCUGUUUCCCUGUUCCAGAGAGCACGAGUUCCUUUGGGUUUUUUUCCUCCUGUAAACACACGUUCUGCACUGGUGUAAUGUGUGGUCGCAGUGUUGUAGUGCAGUGCUUGACCUGCUGAGAGUUAACCUCUGGGUCGCAAGUCCUCCCAGACUACUGAAAACAAUACUUGAAGCAGCUGCUCCCUCCUCGUCGGUGCUUUCUUUCUCUGAGCCUCGUCCAGGACACCCUCACCCUACACUUAUAGUCACCCAAUCACAGACAGGUUACAGGAUGAACAAAGCCAUUUGACCAUUGAGCCCAUUCUAGCUCUGCGUAAGAGCAAUAUUGCCUGUUCCAUUUCCCAUAGCCUUGUAAAUAUUUCCCCUUUAUAAGAAACAGCGGGAAGCUGAUUGGUCCCUCAACCUUGCUCUACCAUUCAACAAGAUCCAAUCUUGGCCUCAGCUCCGUUCUCUCUCUCCCUCCUCUCUCCCCACAUCCCUUCUCUCCCUUAUACGUCCAUCAAUUUCCACCUUGAAUAUGUUCAAUAUCUCCACCUCCACAGCUCUUUGGGGAGAGAACUGACAAUUCACAUCCUUCUGAGAGAAGAUAUGCUCCCCACCUCUGCCUGAAAUGAACUGCUCCUUACUGAAUCUCUUCCCCCAUUGUGGGCGUGAGCUUUCAGCUCCCACCUUGUCAAUCCCCUCAGGACUUAGUAUUUCAAUAAGGUCCCCUCUCAUUCUUCUUCUAAACUCCAAUGUGUACAUCAGUCCCUUCAUCCCAGGAAUCAACCUGCUGAACCUUCUCUGCAGUGUCUCCAGUGUAAGCAUGUACUUCCUUAAAUAUGGAGAACAAGCCAUACACAGUAUUCCAGGAGUGAUCCCACCAACACCCUGUAAAGUUGCACCAAAACCUCCCUACAUUUAUACACCCUUUACAAUGCAAGCCUAUGUUCCAUUAUCGUUCCGAGUGACUUGUUGUACCUGCAAGCCAACCCUUGUGUUUCACACUGAUCCUCAGAUCCCUUUGCACUGCAACACUUGGUGCCUCACUCCAUUGAGAUUAUGCUUUGCUUUUUCAUUCUUUCUUCUGGAGUUGAUAACCUCACAUUUUCCCGCAUUCUCCUCUAUCCGACAACUCACUGAAUCUAUCGUCACAGGCUUUUCACAUCCUCCACUUGCUGACCCAUCUGUUUUUGGACCAUCAGCAAAUUUGGUUCCAGUACACCCAAUCCCUUCUUCCAAGUCAUUGAUAGAGACUGUAAAUAGUUGAGGCACUAAUCCCUGUGACAGCUCACUAGUUAUUUAUCACCUGUUCGAAAAUGAUCCAUUUCUAUUUUCUGUCAUUUAGCCACUCCCCAUCCAUGCUUGAUAUAUAACCCCAACCCCGUGCAUCAUUAUCAUCUCAGUCACCUUUUAACCUGUACUUUAUCAAAUGUUUUUUUGGAAAUCCGAGUAUACCACAUCUACUGGCUCCCCUUUAUCCACCCUGUUUGUUACAUCCUCAAAGAACUCCAGCAAGUUUAUCAACACCACUUCACCUUCAUAAAACCAUGUUGACUGGUUGAUUGUCUUGUGAUUUUCUAAGUAUUAACUCCUUAAUAAUGGAUUCCAGCACUUUCCCGGUGAUAGAUGUUAGGCCAUCUACCCUUGGUUUCCUGCAUUUUGUCUCCCUCCUCUCUUGAAUGGUGGUGUUGCAUUUGCAGUUUUCCAAUCCUCUGGGACAUCUCCAGAAUCCAGGGAUUGCACCAAUACAUCCUUUAUUUCUGCAGCCACUUCCUGUAAGACCCCAGGACGCAGGCCGUUGGCUCCAGGGGACAGGCCAGACUUUAGCCUCAUUACCUUGCCCAGUAUGUUUUCCCCAGUGGUCAUUGGAAGUUCCUCCUUCCCGGAGCCCUUUGAUUAUCUGUUAUUAUUGGGGCGUUCUACUGUUAAGACCAAUUCAAAAUAAUCCCUGCCAUUUCCCUGUUUCCCAUUCUGAAUUCCACAGUCUCAUCCUCGAAGGGACUAACAUUUACUUUAACUAGUUUCCUUUCUAUAUCCCUGUAGAAGCUCUCACUGUCUAUUUAUUCAUUUGCUACCUUACCCUUACACUCUUCCUUCUCCCUCAUUAUAUUUUUUCCCUUAUCCUUUGCUGGUUUCUAAACAUUUCCCAAUGCUCUGCUUGGUGCUAAUCUUCACAACACUAGGCAUCUUUUCUUUCUAUUUGAUACCAUCCUGAGUCAACCAUGCUUGGUACAUCCUUAGCAUUGUAGAGCUAUAGAGUCACAGAGCAGGGAAACAGGCCAUUCGGCCCAUCCGUGUCCACACUGGUCAGUGGGCACCCAACAUACUAAUCCCAUCUUCAAGCACUUGUCCCGUAGCCUUCUGUACCUGGGUGAUUUAAGUGCUCUGGACACUUAACUGCAGUCAGUGACUCUGCUUCCACCACUCUCUCCAGCAGUGUGUUCCAGGCACUCAUCGGUCUCUGGGUGAGAAAGAUCCCCCUCACAUCCCCUCUAACUCUCUUACCCCUUACCCUAAAUCUGUGUCCUCCAGUUUUAUACCUCUGGUAAGGGGGAAAGUUUUCUGCGUUCUACCCUAUCUCUACCUCAAUCAUGUCCCCUCUUAACUUCCUCCUCUCCAGGGAGAACAGACCCAGCCUCUCCAGUCUCACCUCAUAACUGAACUUCUCCAUCCCAGACACCAUCCUGGUGAAUUCUCUCUGCACCCUCUCCAGUGCAGUCACAUCCUUCCUGUAGUGUUGUGACCAGAACUGUACGCAGUGCUCCAGCUGAGGUCUGACCAAGUUUUUAUAAAGUUCCCCGGUUACUUCCCUGUUAGGAGAUCUGUAAUACACCCCCAGCAAAGUGACGACACCCUUUUUGUUCCUAAUCUCUACCCAUAUGGAACUUCUAGGAUAUCCUCCCUCAGUACUGAAGUAAUGCAGUCAUUGAUUCACAGUGCAAUGGCACCUCCUCUUUACAUCCCCUUCCCUUUCAACUGAUAAUUCUAUACCCUGGGGUGCUCAGUUACCAGUCCUGGGUACAUGGGGGGGUACUUUCCCCUUGUUCAUUUACCCGCCUUCUUUGCCUACAAGACUUACUAUCUUUCUCUCCUCCAGGUGACUGUACGUCCCCAUCUGAUCAUCUACUCUGAGCCCCAUUGCCCUGCCAACUCAGUCUAAACCUUCCCCAGCACUGCUAGCAAGUCCUGUUCUGGUUUAGAUGCAACCCGUCCCACUUAUACAGGUUCCACCUUCCCCAGAAAUGGUUCCAAUGAUCCAGGAACCUAAAGCCCAUCCCCCUGCACCCUCGCUUCAGCCACACAUCCAUCUGACCUCUCCUGUUCCUGUACUCACUGGUUUGUGGCACCAGCAGCAAUCCAGAGAUUCCAACCUUUUGAGGUCCUGCUCUUUAAAUGGCCACCUAGCUCCCUAAACUCAUGUUUCAGGACCUCAUUGGUACCAACAUGUAGCACAACCAGCGGCUGUUCACCCUUCGCCUUCAGAAUGUCCUGCACCCGCUCCAAGACACCCUUGACAUUAGCACCAGGGAGGCAACAAACCACCCUGGAGUCUCAUUUGCAGCAGCUGAGAAACUGUCUUCCUCCCUUACGAAAGAAUCCCCUAACUAUUGCUCUCCCAGUUUUAUUCCUCCCCCUGUACAGCAAAGCCCUCCAAGAUGCCAUGACCUGGGCAGUUGCUGCUGGUUUCCCCUGGGAGACCAUCCCCCCAACACAGUAUACCUUUUGGAGAGGGGACCGACCACAGGGGACUCUUGCAUGACCUGACUGCCCUGCCUGGUGGUCACCCAUCUGCUCCCUUUCUGUACCCGAGGUGUGACCAACUCGCUGAACGUGCCAUCUGCCACGUUUCCCACAUCCCGGAUAUUCCACGGUGAGUCUGACCACAGUUCCGGCUGUUCCGUGUGGUCAUACCGGAGCUGCAGUUGGACACACUCCCCACAGGUAGAGCCCUUCUCACCUGAGUUGUGAAAUCUUCGACUGCUGACCUACAAUCUUACAUUUUAAUUGAUUUCUCCAGUUCACUUUAGCCAAGUAUUUAUCAAUUCCCUUCUAAACACCACAACUGUUUCUCCACUCCAGCAGUGCAUUCCAGGUCCUGACCUCUUGUAUAUAGAAAAAAAACCUAAAGGCACUUUUGGUUCAUUUGCUGUUCUCUAUCAGUCCAUUGGUAUUGGUUUAUUAUUGUCACGCACUGAGAUACAGUGAAAAUCUUGCUUCCUCUGCCCUGGGAUCAGUUUCUCUCCACUACCUUGUCUAUACCCUUCAUGAUUUAAAUGCCUUUAUCGCAUCCCUUCACAACCUCACAUCAGUUCCAAGGAGAACAACCCCAGCUUCUCAUAACUAAAGUCAUAUGGUCACAGAUAUUGAGUCAUAUAACAGGGGAACAGGCCCUUCAGCACACCAAGUUUCUGCUAACCACCUAGCACCCAUUUACACUAAUCCUACACUGAUUCCAUUUUAUUCUCCCCACAUUCCCUUCAACUGCCCCCAGAUCCCAGCUUUGCAUUAGUGCGUGAUUAACCUACCAUCCUAGUCUUUGGAAUGUGGGAAGAAACCGGAGCACCUGGAAGAAACCCACCUAGUCACAAGAAGAAGUGUGCACGCCAAGUUCCUGGAAUUGUUCUAGAAAAUCUCUUUGGCACCCUGUCAAUAAAGCCUUCACAAUACUCUAGUGUUGCAGAAAAGUUUUAGAUUUGUAGAAACUCGAAGAGUUGUACAGCACGGAAACAGGCCCUUUGGCACAAGUUGUCCACACUGACCAAGAUGCCUACCUAAGCUACUCUCAUUUGCCUGCAUUUGGCCCCUAUCCCUCUAAACUCUUCCUAUCCACAUACCUGGCCAAGCAUCUUUUAAGUGUUGCCUCUAUCACUUCCUCUGGCAGCUCAUUCCAUGUACCCACCACUCUCUGUGUGAAAGUUCAUUGUGAUUUCUUUGCUCUUGUACACGCUGCCCCUCUCUACAAAGCCUGGGUUCUUAGCUUUUUACCUUUUUCAACAAUUUUUACUUUUAACCCCACAUCCUUCUAUUCCUGAACCCCAUUUAGAAUCGUCUCCUCUGGUUUAUAUCGGCACUUCUCUGUCCUCCUCGUGCAAUAUAACACUGGAUUCUUCUGUGUAAAAUUUCACACUCCACCUAACGCUACAUUUCCCCUGGUGUGUCUGUUUUUCCCUGAAGUUUAUCACCAUUCACCUCAGUACACUGCACCUCCAAGUUUUCUGUCAUCUGCAGGUUUGGGAACUAUGUCUUGUACCCUAACUCCAAGUCAUUACUAUUUAUUCAACAACUAUUAAAUGUUUAAGAGGCAUUUCGAUGGACACAUGAACAGGCAGGGAAUGGAAGGAUAUAGACUAAGUGAAAGUAGAUGUGCAAUUUAAAUUGGUAUCAUGGUCAGCACAGACAUGGUGGGCCGAAGGGCCUGUUCCUGUGGUGUACUGUUCCAUGUUCUAAAAUGCAGUGAUCCCAACACUGACCCGUGGAAACACAAGAUUCUGCAGAUGCUGGAAAUCUGGAGCAACGCACCAAAUGCUGGAGGAACUCAGCAGGUCAGGCAGCAUCUAUGGAGGGAAAUGGACAGUGGAAAACCUCUGUAGCCCUUCCUGUGGUGUGGAAAACAGCCCUUCAUGUUGUUUCAUGCUUUGUAUCCAUGCCUCUACAGGCUCUCUCAUUUCAGGACCUUCAGUCUUGAUGACAAGCCUACUGUACAGCACUUUAUCAUAAUCCAUUCAAAGGUCAGGUACACCACAUCAACCCCACUGGCCCUCACUGUUACCAAAUCAUAAAAGAUAUUGUUGAUACAAUUGGUUAAGCACAACCUCUCUAAACAAAUCCAUGCCGGCUUUCCCCUAUAACUCCACACUUGUCCAAAUGACUGCUAAUUCCAACCCUCAUUAUAAUUUCUGGAAGUUAUCCCACCAUUGAAAUCACACUGACCGGCAUGACGUUACUAGAUUUAACCUUGCACCAUACUUUGAACAAGGGAGUAACAUUUGCAGUUCUCCAUUUAUGGGACACCGCCUCCUUUGUCACCUUUGGAAGAUUGUAGCCAACAUUCCCAUCAGUACUUCCUUCAACAACCUCCGAUCCAUCCCAUCUGGACCAGUUGCUUGAUGCUAGUCUUUCUAGGACUUCCUCUUUAUCAAUAUCUCGUCCAUCUAGUACAGAAGGGAGUCCCAUUCCUCAACUGCCUUCAGCCUUCCUGCAUCAGGCAAUUUUACCUCAGUACAUCUCAUUGCUUUGAAAAUCCUCCAAAGGAUCUUUCAGCUUCAGUGAAGCAGUCUAACAGCUGCCCUCUGCUGAAGGUGAGAAAUAUCACUCACAAUUAUUGUGGUUUGCAGAGGUAUCUGAGUUUGGCAUCUCGAAUUUCCUCCAAGAAGUUAAGAUCAAAAGCCCAGGAACAGAGUGGGGGCAUAUCUGGCUGGAUACCCUCCCACCAUCUUCUCUGUGCCUUAAGAGGAGUAGAAACUGGCAUGUGUUGUGCCAGCUUUACGAGAGGCAAUGUAGAACUUGGGGUCAGAUGGGAUUGCAGGGGGAGAAUGGAGAGGGAGAGUGAGGGUGGUGGACUUGGAGGGCAGAGAGAGAUGGGGUGAGCAAAAACCAAACUUCUGGAGGAACUCAGCGGGUCAGGCAGCAUCUGUGGAGGGAGAUGGACAGUCAAUGUUUUGAGUCGAGACCCUUCAUCAGGAGAUGGGGUGAAUUGGAUUGAAUGAAAGAGGGGAAAUGGGGGUUGGGUAAAAACAAGAUGGGGAUGUUGCAAGUAUUCACCCUCAACAACAAACAAUCAUUGAUUAGGCACAGAGAGAAUCUGUAUUAGCUGACAAACACCUUUAUUGGUUCCAUUAACAACAAACAUAUAAGUCAUACAAAACUAAAUAUCUGUGCGCACACACACUAGGGUUCUCUGACCCUCCCUCAACAGUCAAAGAAUAGAAAAGGAAACACCCGGGAAUAGGAGUUCACGCUAGCUUGGAGUUCCUCUUGAUUCCGACGUAAUCUCCACGUUUCCGAUGUGGGGUCAUCCACUUCUGCGAUGGUUGGUCUCCAGAGUUUUCGCUGCUCCUACACCCAAAACCCUCCAUUCUUAUUCUCUUUCUUAUCAGAUCGAACUGUGGUGUUUUGAAUUUGUUGCCUCAGGCUCAUCUGACCAGCCUGUGUCAGCUCCUCAUUGGGUCUGGCCCAAGGCUACAAGCAGGAUUACUUUAUUGCUCUUUCACCAGACUUGUGUCUCAUGUCACUUCCUUUGAUCUCCCUGAGACAGACCAGUUCAAACCACUUUAGCCAGGUCAGCCAAACACUGGGCUCAGGCUACUUCAGAACACAGGCUAUUCUUUCUACAAACUGGCCAUUUCCACCUAACCAAAAUAAACAGCUCGUUAUUUGGAAAUGAUGUCAAGUUUAGCAGGGACCUCAUUGUGUCCAUUUUCAAUUGCUCUGAUCAAGCCAUCCCUGAGCAAGUGCCAGUUCACAAAGCAGUUCACAAAAUGGUGGCCGCAAGAACAGUCUCACAAAAUGGCAGCCUCCAUUCCUUUGACCACAUGGCGAGAAUGAAGGCAUUUAGUUUGUCUGCUUUCACUGUCUUUGGCUCAUUUCACUUAGCUGAUUUGGAGAUUUUAAAUCCUCUGGCCAACAGGGAGGACACAGGGAGGGGUAGAAGGACAGGAAGAAGGUUUUUGCCUUGUUGUCCUCCAUCCAAGGCUAAUUUCACCUUCAAGAACCUCUGAGGAUGUCACUAAAUGGGUAAGACAGAAAUGCUUGACUAAGGUAUCUGGCACUUAAUGUAAAAAACUAUAAUUAUUUAGGGGAUUAGAUAUGGUUUGAUCCCAUUGUAUCUUUGUAGCACCCUUGGCAUAGGUACCACUGACACUUACUCCAAGUGGUUAUUGUAAGGUAUCACCAACACUUGCUUCAGUAGGUCACCCGGGGUGACACACGUCUCCUGUCAACCUCAGGCAGUUUGGAGGCUCUUCGCAGUCCAUUCUUGCUCACGGUUUGUUAAUUGGACUGGGAUAGUUUAAAGUGUCUUUGUUUAUUUUAGUUUCAGUGGGGCAGGGAGUGCACGGUGACUUUGGGCAAGUGCCUCUGGUUGCCAGUGGUGGACACAGGCCAAUUGAAAACAGAGAAUGUUGGAAUACUCAGCUGGUCAGGCAGCAUCUGUGGAGAGAGGAGCAGAGGUAACGGUUCAGGUAUUUGCAGCACUUUGUUUAUAUCUCUGAUUUCCACUACCUGCAGUUUUAUGAUUUUCCCCUGCCAGAGUUAUUCACCACACUUAAUGAGACCUAAUGUUGAUCGGCAGGCAGUCAUUUGCACCUUAUACCCCAUUCACCAAACACCAGGGUAAACACGUUGAACACUAUUGUUACUUUGAGCAUUACAAAAGUUGAAAGCAGUGAGUAUUGGAUAGGACUUACAGCACAAUGCAAGCCAUUCAACCCCUUUCUCUGCUCAGUGCUGGUGUUUCCGCUCCACACUCACAUCUUUCCACACCCCUCUGUCUCUUCCCCAUCCCUACCUCCCUACCCCUAUUCAGCCACCUCUCUCAAUCUCCCCUCAUCCCCUCCUCCAUCGCCCGUCAACCUCCACUUCCUCAUCCUCCUCUCCCCUCCCCCUCUUGUGUCUUUAUCCAGUUUCCCCUUACGAGCCAUUUGCUUUGCCCAUUCUUUGUGGCAAUGUGUUCCAAGUUCUCCCCUCAGUUAAUCCAAAUGAGACCCAUGCACACACACAGACUGGUAAAUAAUUUCCAAUAUAUGAGCAGUGGGGUUUAAUAUUUGUGAAUGAGCUCGCUGGCACUGAGGGCUCUGGGAAGUGUAUCAACAGAUUGGGAGUCCCCACAUCCCCUUUGCAGAGUUGGUGCAGGAAUCAGUAUCAGAAUCAGGUUGAUUAUCACUGACAUAUGAUGUGAAAUUUGUUGUUUACAGCAGCAGUACAGUGCAAGACACAAACAUUAUUAUAAAUUACAAGAUAAAUAGUGCAAUGAAAAAGGAAUAAUGAGGCAGUGUUUGUGGGUUUAUGGACCAUUCAGAAACCUGAUGGCAGAGGGGAAGAAGCUGUUCCUAAAUCAUUGAGUGUGGGUUUUCAGGCUCCUGUACCUCCUCCCCGAUGGUAGUAACGAGAAGAGGGCACAUCCCUCAGCAUCAUAUUGAAAGGAGAGCAGGCUCGAGAGGUCAGUUAUCCAAUCCCUGAUCCUCUCUUCUACACCUCUGGACUGGAGUUCUACUGAAGAAACAAGAAAGGGUCUUGUUUCUUCAAAUUAACCCACAGACAUGGAAUGCUAGAUCAUCACUGUUUAAAGAAUAAGAUUUUAGAUGUAGCUUUGUAAUAUUUUACUUCUCUUAUCUGAGCCCCUGAAGUAACUGCUUCAUAUAAAACCUGCUUUACAAGCAGUCUGUGUAGUUGCAGCUUAACCCUGCUGAGUAGGGUCAGAUUGCUGAACUGACUGAUAUCUGUUGACUGUGAUGUCAACAAAUAGUAGCUGAACCAACAAAAGAUCGUGGUAACAAAACAGAAAAUGUUGGACAUACUCAACAGGUCAGGCAGCAUCAGUGGAGAGAGAUAAUGCUUCUGUCUGUGCAGAUGCUGUCUGACAUGCUGUGUAUUUCCUGCUUUACUUCAGAUUUGCAGUACUUUGCUUUCUGAAGAGCUAUCAGUAACCUCUCACUAUACAGAAUUAACACAGCGAAUGCUGGAACACCCAGCAGGUCUGGAAGCGUCCGUAUUUCUGCUUAUCCCUUUUGGAAGUUCUGGUUAAAUCUGAUUCCACGCUUCUUGCUGUCAGCAAGUUUCCCAUUGGACAGCUUAAUGUUAAAUAAAAAAAUUCGGAUAUCUCAAUUUAUUCUUUUUUUUAAUUAUAGUAAGCUGGUCGCCACAGGUUAUAGCCAGUACCUUUCUCCUUAUUUACUCUAUCUAAAUAUCUCCGUUAAAUUUCCCCUUAGCCUGCUCAAUUCUGUGGUAACCACAUAACCACACUUCCUUCCAGUGCAUCUCCCUCAAAAGUCUAAUAUGUUAUUUGCCUAGAAUAUCAACACAGGGAUUAAAGUUCUGUGAGCUUGUGAAUCAUCACUUACCAAUCCUUAGAGUAUUAAGAAUCUGACACAUUGUGUUGCAUGAUUCUUUAAUUCCAGACCAGACAAAUGUUGAUAGCUGGUUAUCGUCACUGAGGAGAAUAAAUGAAUCAGUUGUGAUUACCUGAUAGGAUUUUAAUGGGCAUUUCAGGAACCAGCACAUCAGUUUUGCAACCUGCCCUGGUGAGAUCUGAACUCUCAACCUCUGGGUUGUUCCUGCAGUGCCAUAACCCCAGGCUGCAGUCCCCUAUAAUUUCAAUGACACUUCCCAGCAUGUGGUUAACCGUCCUGAAUUGAUCUUGGAUUGUGGUUUGUGUAAACAGGGAUUACAUUGUGUAAGGGUGUGCACUGAAAUCCCACUGGCAGAUCGGGGACAAGCAAACUUAGAUCAUCAGAAGGCUCAAGUUAUCAAUCUGACCACAAAACACAGAAUUCCUCUUUUCUGAUCAUUGAUGUCCCUAAGACCAUCAUGAUAAAUGCUUUCCUCAUUAAUAUAGAUGUGUACAUGCCUAUUUGGACAGAGCUAUAAGCUUACAUGUUGAAGUGCUGAUCAACCAAUGUCAAAUUGAAUUGCAGAGCAGGCUCAGGGGGCAUUCAGUUUCUCAGUGAGGCUUCUAACAGCUGUGCGAGUAAUUUCCUGAACAGAUGGGAUGCACGGGAAAUGGAGGAAGCAUGGAAAAUGACGGCGGGAUGCUGGAGCAUUGCAGCGGGAUGCAUGAGCAUUGUAUUGGAGUGCGGUAACUCACGGAGUGAUGGGGCACUGGCAGGAGUCAGAGCAUUGGGACACGUCGGCGGGAUGCAUCAAAAUUGGAACGGUGCAUGGAAAACAAAACGAUGUGUGGAAAUGUUGGCGGGAUGCAUGUAAAUUGGAACGGUGCAUGGAAAUGGCAGGAUGCAUGGGGGAUAGUGGCAGGCUGCAUGGCCAGCAAUGAGCUGCUUUAAUGCGCAUUUGCAAUAAUGAGCACAAGACCCAAGUUCACCAGGAUGGACGUGGCUAUAAUUCAGCCACCAUUGGGUCUUCAGAGGAGCCGUCAAUGACGGUUUUACUUGAGCAUUUCACCCAGCCUGGCUCAGAGUGACAGUCAGGUGCGUGAAUAGCAGCAUCAGACUGGUUGCAAUGGAACUAGCCACCAUCAUUCAUGUGACAAAGAGGAGGAGCUAAGGGCUAUGCACAAGCAGCUUGCCCUGCAGUAACUAAUUUAGCAUAUAUUAUAUUUGAUAGGAUUUUUAUGGGGUCCCUUGUACAUGGACCCUCUUACUGAUGACAACAUGGACUCUUGGGUUUGACCAGUCCAUUGACUACUCUUCGAUCUCUGCCCAGACUCUGCAGACACAGCCCAUCAAUGACUCAGUCAUGAUGAGAAGCUCUGUUUGCCUCUGUUGCUGGUGUUUUGCAUGUGGGGAGUCUCACUGAGAACUGAAGGUUGUGCCCUGUGACUGCCGAUCAGAGUGUCGCUUGCUUACACAUUCACUCCUAUCUUUAAGCUCAAAGUUAAGCACGACCAAACGAAACAGCAGCACAGUGAAAAUCCAAGCAAAUUUAAAAUAAAAACAGAAAAUACUGGAAGUACUCCGAUCGCAUCUGGAGAGAGUCAAAUGAAGGGUCUUUGACCUGAGAGGUUAACUGUUUGUCCUUCCAUGGAUGUGGACUGACCUACUGAAUAUUUCCAGAAUUUUCUGUUUUUAUUAUUACUGUAGUACAGUCUUAGGUUAUCGGGUCUGAAUCAAUGAUCUGGAGACAUCAGUUCAAAGCUUUAGAAUUUAAAGUCAAAUAAAUAAAUCAAUGUAGAAUGGGGAAAAAAAAGCAGCCAGCCUCUAACAGUAACCACAAAAAUACCAGACUUUCCCAUUAAAACGUCCAAUUCACUAACGUCCUUCCACCUGCCCUGUUCCCCAUCCUGAUCUAUAUGUGACUUCACGGCCACAGUGGAGAGGUGGCCUCUGGCCUGCCCCUUCCGGUAGCCCAGCAAGCAGAGGUGAAAGUAACUUAAACCUUGCAAGCAUUGUGCUGGCUGUUUUCUUAUUGGUAUGGUGUGCUAGCUUACUUUCCCCUCUACUGAUCAAUUUAAGGGUAACCGCAGUGUUACUGAUAGCACCCACCAACACUUGAACAGGUAAGUAGAAGAAGGGAAAACCUACUUGAUGCGCAAUCUCAUUAUGGACCUAAUGGGAGUUGGAUAGGGUAGACUUGGAGAAGACACUUGUGGGGUAGACCAGAACUAAGGAUCAUAAAUAUAAAAUAAUCACCAACAAAUCCCUCAGGGAAUUCAGCAGAGGGGUGCAAAUGUGGAUGUGGAGGGAGAGGUUGAGGUAAAAGCCACAUGUAGGAGGAAGCUGAGUAAUGGACAACAAAGAAUCUGGGGAUGGGGUGGGGGGAGGCUGGUGGGAGCAGAAACACUGGGUGGAUAAAGCGACCUGCCUCACUGCUUAAAUCUGGAGUCAAAAACCGUGCAAAGCAGAAACACCACCACUGACUCUUCUGUACAUUGUUAUUGCACAAGUAAUCAACAAAUGCAUCUUGCUGAGAUUGAAACAUGGAGGCAACUCUUCAGAUCCAGGAGCAACUGCCAAUAUCCAAACAACAUCCAGUGUAAUCACCCAUUCACAGCACAGCCACUUCUGAUGUGCAUUACUUGACUGCAGCACCUGCCCAUAGAUACAGUGGUGAAAAUCAAACGGUACUGAAGCCAUGUCUUUAACCUCCUCCUUCAUGAAAUGAACUGACACUGAGCUGCUGCUAUAAAGGGAACCCUACGGUGGCUCAAUGCUGAGUUUAUCCGAGUCAGGUUGAUGGAUUUUUUAGAUAUUGAGGGAUUCCAAAAUGGGAGUUAGUGCAGGAAAUGGUGCUGAGGUGAAAGAUCAUCAGUGAGUGUGCUGAUUGGUAGAGUAUGUAUGAGGGACUUCUACUUCUUAUGUUCUCUCAAUGGAGCUGGUCCGGUCAUUAGAUGGUAACCAAUUACCCUUAACCAAGGUUAAUGAAGGCGCUGUGAGACAAACCAGUUGUCUCUGCCCCAGUAUUUGGGAUGGACCCAAGGAAACUGGGUAAUGAACAGAAAGUGCGGGGGUCGGAGUUUUGUUGUGGGGAUCUUUACAACGACGUAGGGGUUCCAGCUCUUGUGAACACAUACAUUUAGCAUCAGUAAUUCAGACCUGAGUAAAAACUCUUCCCAUUUGAAAUAAAAUGUUCCCCUGAGUGAGUUUUGGGCCCACCUUUUGGCUGAAGAAACACAGGAGGCAAAUUUAACUGUCUCCAUUGGAAUAUCUCCCCCAACAGCAAAAAGAAUGUCCAAUCUUUUGUCAGAAGAUUUUUUUAAAGAACAGUUCUAGGACUUAAUAACUUUAAAUCAAAUCUCCCUUUUCUCUGUACCCUUUGCUUAUUAUUGACAAGUUCAAUUUUGCGCUUUAUUGUCAUGUCAGUGUUUGUCUGCUUGCAUCAGACUCCACAUUGCACAGUUCCCUCUGUGACCAACACCAAAUGUAUCAAGCACUGGGAGAUCUUCAUGGCAAAACACUCGGUGUAAUGCACGUCUCUGUGUGGGUAGGUGUGAUCAAUCCUGUGGGUGUGUGUCAGUGACCCAGAGAGCCGCAGUCACUCAACACUCCUGGAUCCAACUUGCAAUGAAAUGAUGGACGGUAAUAGUUCUGUUUAAUGUCAUGUUUAAACUGAUCAAGAAGCUUCUGUUUCCUGAUAAAUACUUUGGUGUGAAGGUUUUAUUUAGUUCAGAAGUUUGUUGCCUCAAGGCAUUUUACAGCGAUUUGUAAAACUGGAAAACAAUGUGUUUACCCAAUCUGAAUAUUUUACAAAAUAAAUUGAAUGAUUAAACUUU